UUAACUUGAGAAAAUUCAAUCAAGAGUUAGAAACAUGACUGCAACUCAUAAACAGACAUUUGUUUGUCCUUCAGAUAAUAUUUAAUUGCAGAAAAACAUAAAUGCAACAGGACAAACCUACCUAUGAUUCAACAAGUUCAGGAGUCAGGAUACUGUAUAUUAAGGGAAAUGAAGAGCUUGGUGGUGGACGGGCCGUUUUAUUUGUCAUUGUUAAGAACAUGUGUCACUGAUCAUCACAGUUUGCCGAGCCUAUUCUUUACAGGCUGGAUUAAAAACUGCACAAAGUGCAACUGAAUUACUGAAAUUGUGGCCUAAGGUGGCCCUGCAUUUGUACCUAGUAUUGAGUUUAUGUAUACCUUUAAUAUGUUGUGCUUACAUGGUCCAUAUUCUACCUGUAUUAUAGUGUAUUGUAUUAUAUUUUUUGCUAGUACUUUUUCCUGUGUGCACUGACAUAAAGGUGAGCUGCUGUAAUAAAGAGUUUCUCCUCUGGGAUCAAUAAAGUAUUUCUGAUUCUGAUUCUUAAACAAAGGAAAACUGGUUGGUUUCAAAUUGUGUUUGGUGAAUGUGUGUAGUGGGAGGCAUAGGGGCAAACAGCUCAUGUUUGCUCCAGGGCUGCCCAGCAGGCUAAUCCCUGCCCAGUUGCAAAUAUUUAAAAUAGUUUAUUUCAAACUAUUGGCCUAGUUUUACAGAUCCACCUCAUAUUUGACUUUUAGUCAUUCACUAGGCUUUCUUUUCAUUUAAACAGCUUGUAGGAAACACACGGAACUUCACAAUAAAAACCAAUGCUUGGAGUACACACAGCAUGUUAGUUACUUGGUGUAAUUGGUGGGGAUAUUUUGUGAAAGACCUGCAGUGUGGGUAAUCAAUCUAAACGGGUGACUGACUACCAUGACAUUUAAAGAUGGGAAACCAUGUAUGCAUACUUUUUAAAAACACCAAACUAAUCUGCUGGACACACAUUUAUACUGAGAGCACGAUCCAAAAUUAUGAUAACGUCAAUCUAGUCCACGCUAAAAUCGCAGGAAUCUCAACCUUUUGUAUUUUCCAUAUAAGUUUUAGGGUAACUGUCUUGCCAGUUAGUCUCCGCCCCUCCUCGCAGUGUAGUAGUGUGUGUGUAGUUGACCAAAAACUUGCAUGAUACGACUCGACUGUGUGAAUUUUGGCUGCCUACCACAUAUUUCAACAUCUUUCAAGGCCUGGAUUUUAAGAGCUUGGCUCUGCAUAAAACAGAAUGUCUAAAAGUGAACCAGAAGAGAUGAUAGAGAUUGAGAUCGAUGAACGGGAGAAACAAGCAUGUCUGGAGGAAGGUGUGGAGGAGCAGACCAUCACUGCGUCAGAUUUGAUUCAACAAGAUAUCGACAUCAGUGAGCCCAUUGGCAAUUUGAAGAAGCUUUUGGAGCCCCGUAUCCAGAUGUCACUGGAUGCAUAUGAGAUCUGCUUGCAGGACAUUCAGCUUCACCCUGAUCACAGCCUCUUCGAUCAGGGAGUAAAGACAGAUGGCACUGUGCAGCUCAGCCUGCAGAUUAUAACCAAACCAGGUGAGGAGAAGUUGAACAUUUUGGAAAUUGUGAAGCCAGUAGAAACAGUAGAGGUGGUGAUUGAUCCAGAUGCAGCAGGAGAGGAGGGAGCUCUUGUGGAGGAGGGUCAACUCAUUGCUGUGGAGCGAUCUGGCCUGUCUGAUGAGACGUCGGAGCAGGUUACACGCUGGGCCGCAGCACUUGAAGGCUACCGCAAAGAGCAGGUUCGCCUGGGCAUACCAUAUGACCCUGUGCUCUGGUCAGCUGACCAGGUGAUCCACUGGGCUGUGUGGGUAAUGAAGGAGUUUAACAUUGAUGAGAUGGAAAUAGGCAGCAUUCACAUCCCAGGUCGAGACCUCUGCUCAUUCAGCCAGGAUGAGUUCCUUCAGAAAGUGCCCAAUGGAGAGAUCCUCUGGAGUCACCUGGAACUCCUACGCAAAUAUGUGUUGGCAAGCCAGGACCAGUCUGGAGGGGACGCUACUGUCACUAUUGAUCAGCCUGUGCAGAUAAUCCCGGCUCAAGUGAGCACGCCCACUGCCAUAAAGGUAUUGAAGCAGAGCCGCGGCCCCAGAACUCCCCGUAUUUCAGGAGGAGAAGAGCGUAGCUCACCUGGCAACCGCACAGGCAACAACGGUCAGAUACAGUUGUGGCAGUUCCUGCUGGAACUGCUGACAGACAAGGAUGCAAGAGACUGCAUCUCCUGGGUGGGCGAAGAGGGCGAGUUCAAACUCAACCAGCCGGAGCUUGUGGCGCAAAAAUGGGGCCAGCGCAAGAACAAGCCUACUAUGAACUAUGAGAAACUCAGCAGAGCCCUCAGGUAUUACUACGACGGGGACAUGAUCAGCAAGGUGCAGGGAAAGCGCUUCGUCUACAAGUUUGUGUGCGACCUGAGAACUCUGAUUGGCUACAGUGCUGCUGAGCUCAACAACCUGGUGACCGAGUGUGAACAGAAGAAACUGGCUCGCAUGCAGAUGCACGGCAUCGGUCAGCCCAUCACUACUGUGACCCUGGCCACCACGGCACUAGACAAAGACAGUUGAAGGAGGCCGCACUACAGCGCGCCACAGGCAAACUUUGCUCUCCACCGCUGAUUGGAAAUCAAAUCAACUUUCUUCUUCUUUUUCCACACAACUGUGUUCAUUAGGCACAGAAAUGCAAAGCUGAUCAUUGUGGAUUAACAACUUUGUUAUUGUCUUUACAGUUUGAUUCAAGUUAGACUGAGGCAGGUAAAAACUUUUUUUUUUAGCUUUUCUGUAACUCUAACCAAGAGGAGACGCGUGUUCAGGAUCCGGGGACGAUUGUCUGUGCUGAUUACUGAAAAAUGCAUUUGUGUGCAUGUGACUGAAUGCUUGAAUGUGCGACCGAAAACCCAGAUUUGUGUAAUGUGUUCUUUGUCUGUAGUUUAGGAUCAUUUCCACUGUAUAUACUGGCACUUCAUGUUUUUGAUAGCCACAAGGACAAGUGUAUUUUCAUAUUUUCCAUUUAUAGAGGACCUGUUUUGUAUUUUAUCUAGUGUUUGUUCCCUAAAUUGUUGGACCCUUUUUUGUCCACUAGGGGGAAUAAAGGGGCAAGCAUUUUUCUUAA